GCGCGGGCGCGGGCGCGGCCGCGGACGCGGCAGGAGGUACCGCGGCCGACGGGACCUCACUCUGGAGGAGCUGGAAGACGAGGAGGAGUCCAACAUGUGGGAGAUGGUUAGCACCAACGACCAGGCCGGCUGCGCGCGCAAGCUCAUCUGUCUCCUGGAGGCGGCCGAGGGCAAGUUGGAUGAAGAUGAGAAGGAUGUUCUCUCCUUCCUCGGAGACCUGAAGGAUAUCACCAAGCCGCAACAGGCGUCCAAGCUGCCGUACGAGACGGCCGGCUGGUUGGGCAGGCUGCGCGGGGCCAAGUCCUGCAACCUCGCCUACGGUAGCAGCUGCCCCUACACGCGGGAGAACAUGAUGGCGCUAAUCAGGACCAUCUGGAACGGCGCGCAGGUGCAGGAGCUCCUGCAGGAGCAGAAGCAGGCCUGAGCCGCCCGGCGCGUCUUUAGAGUACAGCGGCGCAUCAUGGGCGUCGCUGUGUUUUGUUUCUUUCGAGCCGGAAUGGAAAGCUUGUAAUGUGUUUACAAACCACGUGUGAUCCAUAAUGUGUUAAAAGAUUUCGAAGUAUUCGAAGGCGUGCAAAUACGUUGCGGUGGGCAAGUCAGCGUUUUAUCGAAAUGAGGGCCGACCAAGACCGUGUUGCCAAACGGUUGCAGGUUCACCAACUGGCCGUAAGUGUCCAUCCGCUCCACAGCAAUGUGCUUCUCAUCGACGUCCGAUAGUCUCAACGAAUACAUGUGAUUAACAGAAAA